UGUUUCCAGUAUCAGAGAAGAGAUGUUCUGAGAACACAGAAGUCAUAGUAAUACCUAGAAAAAUUGUGCUUGUUCAGCAAAGAGAAGUAAAACGUAUUUAUGUUUUUUUCACUAAUUUAAAAGAUUAUACUCUUCAUAACACAGAUUCUUUAGAUUAUACUUAA